GCUAUUGUUUUGAUGAAUUAUAUAUGCAGAGAGAUGAAUAUGUUAAAAAUUGACGAACGAUUGCGAUAUGUGCUGUUUGUUCAGUUGUUUUAGGUCGAUUUCUAUAGUCAAUUUGAGUCAAUAUCGUGUACAUUUUGUUGAUGAAAUGGGAAAAUCUAUGGUUUGAGUAGAUCUGUUAAGGAUCGUUGAGUUUUUCCGAGAAAGUGAGGUUACUUAAUAUUAGUUAAUCUGAAAGAAUGAUGGAGGAGCAUGUUUGGCCGUGGAAAGAUGAGAUUUUUGAGUUUUUAUGAGUUAGGGUUGGAGUAGUGAGUUGAAAUUGCAGCAGAAGAAGGCUAGUAAUUGUGGUAUGAGGCUAUGUUGCUUCGUGUCGGAUCCUUCAAAAGUAGAGUGUCCAUUUUUGAAGGAUCCGAUGUGGGUGUGUCUCUCAUUUUUGGAGAGUCCGAGCAACAUAGGUAUGAAGUACCUAGUCCAUGUCUGUGACGCUAUGGUUUUGACUGUGUGGUAAUCGGUGCUAAGUAGAAUCAUUGCUAAGAGAUUAGACAGGGUAUUGUUGAAGUUCGAUUGCAAUUUUAUCCAUCUGAGACCAGAUAAUUCGGGUUUACUAUAUCCUAUGUUCCUCAAGAAUGUUAAUUUUCCUUUUCUGUAGUGUUAAGUUUGCUUACUUUGAUAAAUUUGCUCAUGAAUUUGGUUUAUUAGGUCAGGAAUUACUUCUACUUCAAUUCUCUGGAUGAAUUUAAUAUUUGAGUUGAAACUUGACGUACUAUAUAUGGUCAUAUUCGGUGUGUCAUGCCCUAGCGUUUUCUUUAUUUCCGCAAACAACUUCAGGUAUCAAUUUCGAAAAAGCAUUAUGGCGUUAGUUUCUGGAGGAAGAUCAACAUUGAAUCCAAAUGCGCCCCUCUUUGUUCCUUCAUUUGUACGCCAGGUAGAGGAUUUUUCACCAGAAUGGUGGAAUUUGGUGACAACUUCAACAUGGUUCCAUGACUAUUGGAUGAGCCAGAAUCAGGGAGAGGAAUAUGGUGCUGGUAAUGAUGUUGCUGAUUUGCUUCCUGAAAAUAUUGAUCUUAAUGUUGAUGAGGACAUCUUGAACAUGGAAGCUCAGUUUGAGGAAUUUCUUCAAUCAUCCGAAAACGGGCAACAAGGAAUUAAGUCAUCUCUCUAUGGUUUCAAUGGGAUGCCACAAUAUGGUUUACCAUCUGAUGCACUGAUAAGAACAUUGAGUUCACCAAGAUCCCCCAUUGGGCCACCCAAAUACUUUGAGAAGCCAUCCAAGAUCGUGAGCCCGAAGAACAGCUUCCGCAGCAUCCAGCAGCCUCGUUGAAUUGCUAGUCUCUUGGUUUGCAUUCAGUUGUUAGUUUGCAGCUACUCUUGACAAGCAGCAUUUAGAAAGUCUCUUGAGUUUUUAGUUUCAUGUAACCUUUGUAUAGAGCAAGGUAGGUGGCACUCUUGUAUCUAGCCUUGUUCAUAGUCUGAUAUCCUUUCUUUAGCUUAACUCUUCUUGUAAACAACAGAACUGUUAAAGGGAAAAAAUUUGUAAAAAAACAGUUGAACAAAAGUGAAAAGAGUAGCUUUUAAUUUUCGUUUCUCA